UUAGCAAAGAAAAAACACUGGCUUUAAACCCAGCAGCCAUAUUGUAUGGAAAAACGACGGCAAGACUCCUCCUUUCGGAAAAAAAGUCUUCCAAGUGACACCACUGCCAAGACUUUUGGGGAGUUUAAUUGUCUCUCUCACUGGCGGUGGGUUUCUGUCGGACAGCUAGCUCGCCAGCUGGCUGAGGAAUUCAGAGAUUGGGACUAGUUGUUAAAGCAAUUUCACGCAAUAUUGUGGUUGUUUAUUUGGUUUAAAAUUGUUAAAUUAACCGCCUGAACGAUGAAGGACCGAUUGGAGCAACUUAAAGCGACGUGUGAUCAAGAUGAUGAUGAGGUGGAGAUCGCUGUGGACAACGCAGCGUUCAUGGAUGAGUUCUUCUGUCAGAUUGAGGACAUCAGGAACAGUAUUGAUAAAAUUGAUGACAACGUGGCUGAAGUCAAAAAGCUUUACUCAGUCAUCCUGUCUGCUCCCACAUCAGAUCAGAAAACACAGGAUGACUUGGAGGCAAUCACCAACGACAUAAAAAAAAUGGCCAACAAUGCGAGAAACAAACUCAAGACCAUCGAGAGGAAUCUGGAGUCAGAGGAGCAGGAGAGGGUGUCGGCCGACAUGCGGAUACGUAAAUCACAGCAUGCAGUGCUGUCCAGGAAGUUUGUGGAGGUAAUGACGAAGUAUAAUGAAGCCCAGGUAGACUUCAGGGAGAGGAGUAAAGGACGUAUUCAGAGACAGCUAGAAAUCACUGGAAAAGCAACAACAGAUGACGAACUGGAGGAGAUGUUGGAGAGCGGCAAUGCUGCUGUGUUCACUGCAGGGAUUGUGGACUCUGGGAUUUCCAAACAAGCCCUCAGUGAGAUUGAAGCCAGACACAAAGAUAUCGUUCGUCUUGAAAGUAGCAUCAAGGAGCUGCACGAUAUGUUUGUAGACAUCGCCAUGCUGGUGGAGAGCCAGGGUGACAUAGUAGACAACAUAGAGCAGAAUGUAUCCAAGUCAGUGGACCACAUAAUAGCAGCUAAGGAACAGACCAAAAAAGCUAUAAGGUACCAGUCCAAAGCACGCAAGAAAAUGGUGAUUAUAGUGGUGGUUGUGGUGAUCUUGCUGGCAUUGCUAGCUCUCAUUAUCGGUUUGUCAGUGGGAUUGAAGCAAAGCUGAUGAGCUAUUUGAGUAAGAGGAAAGCUAAGGAAGAUGAUCAUUAUUGGUGCAGUCUGUGCUGUGGUUGUUCUCAUCCUCCUCCGCCUCAUCCUCACCCAUACACUAUAGCAGGACCACAGGCUUGCGAACAUCAUGUUUAUUCAUCUUUACUCUGUCCUUGCCCCCAUCAACCUGCAAGCCAAAGAAAAGACUGAUAUUGACCUGCGUACGGAUGUAAUAAUAUUUCACCCACAGAGGUGCAUCUCAUCGUUUAACUAGUAAGCUAGACGAUGUGAAAAAAAGAGCAUCAAAGGACUAGUGUACUUGAUAAAUCAUUUUUGAGCUAUGUAUUGUGUAAACCAAUCUGAACCGUCCAUCCUAGUCUGAGAGGAACUGUUUGGACAGUUUUGAGGAUGUUCUGCUGCAAAUGUGGAAAUGAGACUGAAGCUGAUAUGAGGUACAAUACCUGUUGUAUAUCUGAGGAGGGGAAACGGGAAUUGAAAAAUGCCAGAUUAUAAAACGUCACACAACAUUUCAUUGUUCAACAUUCAGUGCCAAAGAAACCAUCUGUGUUUGUCAUCUGAAACUAGUUCUGAAGCUCAACCCUCACUAGAAGCACAUCACCUCCCUUAUCUUUACUUCUUGCCUUUUAUGAGCCUUGACACAUUUUGUGAAAAGCUAGCUAUGUUCACUGUACGGGGAUUUUUGUCAGCCUUUGGGGAGCUCCAGCACUUUCACAUUUCAAUAUGUAUUUUUCAUUAUAUUAAGCUACGAUGAUCAUGUAAAUAAUAGCACUAUUAUUUUGUGUUGUCAAUAUCUAAGCAUGAUUACGGCUCUGUUCUUUAACUGAAAAGAGGAGCUAUGUGUUCAGCUAUGAUUCUUGAGUGUAGAGAAUGAAUUUUAAAUGUGAAAGAUGGUGUUUAACACAUUUCAUGGACAGGUGGAGCUAAAAUAAUCAAACAAGACAAAAAAGACAGGCUAAGGGGAUUAACAUGCAUGCCUUGCCUUAAGACUUGUUGAAACACUGCGACAACAGGAAGACGCAUCUAAAAAAAAAUCUUACGAUGUUAGCCGUGUUGAUGCUAAUGUAGUCUUCACUGUUAAAAUGCUCAGUGUUUUAAUGAAAAGAUAUGAAGAGAAACAGGUAGUAACACUAGGGACUUAACGUGUUCUCCAUAGGUGCCUGAAUAGACUUUGUAUUUAUUAUACUUUUUGAUCACAUGUUGCUAAUAAAGUUGUACAUACAGGAUGCAGUAGACACUCCGACUUACAGUAGCUUUAACGUGGCUACCAUUCCUUAUGCAUAUUUUAGGUUCCUUAAUUUCACUACUGUAAACACAUACCAGUUUUUUAUAUACACCUUUCUAAAACUAACCCCAAUAAUCUCACCUUAAUGAACAGUUUAAUUUUCAAACUGUCAUUCAGUUCACAGGCUGCUGUUUGUGUAGCUGUCGAGUUUUAUUGUGUUAUACUGAAAGGUGUUUCUAAUGAUUAUAUCAAUAAAGGUAGACAAAAUAUAACAAACACCUCUUAAUGUAGCACAGUGCACUCCUGCAGCCUCCAAAAUUGCCAUAAAGUUGAAUCAACACCUCUACAAAACAAAAUGAACAUUAUAACCUUCAUGAUGGUUGGAUUUAUUGCAGGGCUGUUGCAUUAAAUCACAUUAGUUUUAGCUAGAUGCACCAAAUGAGCUCAAUUCUGAGUGGUCACCAGCAUUUCAUGACUGUAGAUCUUUGUUUCUUGGCAGUGGGAAUGUCUCAAGCUGACUGUGUAAUCACUGUACCGGUAGUCACACAGGUUUUGAUUAGGUAAUUAAACCAAAUGAUGAUAACCUUUGGACAGUAGCCAAGAUAGUGUUUUCAACAGUCAUCAUAAAGAGAAGAGCCUACGUGAUCCAUCAUAAUCUAGGUUUCCACCAUUAAUGGGAUACGUUUUUUUGUUCCGCUGGAGCCUGAACGGUGCCUUUAAGUUUGAUUGUGCAGGGGGCACUUGAGGGCGAUAAGCCGUUUGACCACGCAGUCUGUUCUUUUGGCUGUUCAACUGUUCAAUUCAGAUGCCACAAUUCCACAGGCCUUUUUCUUCACACCACUGUAGCAAUCAGCACAAGCUGUAAUGAGAGAGGGAGAGGAGAAAACUGAAGCUGUUGUAGACUGUUUUUAAGUUGAUGUGACAUGAUUUUAA